AUGGCACCACCCAAAUCGUAUAAUAUUGAGACAGAAUUAGUCUUUUCAAAGUCAACGGACCAACAUAAUGCAUCGGUUCCACCGUUGUAUCAGUCCGCGACGUUUAAACAAAAUUCGUUAUCCGAUAUGGGUGAAUACGACUAUACUAGGUCGGGAAAUCCAACUAGAACAUAUUUGCAAAAUCAUAUGGCCAAGAUCAUGAAAGCUAAGCACGCGUUUGCUGUUACAAGUGGUAUGGGAUGUCUUGAUGUUAUAACCAGAAUUUUAAAACCAGGCGAUGAAGUAUUGGCCGGAGAUGAUUUGUAUGGGGGUACUAACAGAUUAUUGACGUAUUUGAAUAAGAAGGGAGACUUGAAGGUGCAACAUUGGGACACCACAAACACAGAAUUAUUUACUUCUAAGAUAACUAAUAAUACCAAGAUGAUUUUUCUUGAGUCUCCUACGAACCCGUUGAUCAAGGUGUGCGAUGUCAAGUCCAUUACUGAUUAUGCGCAUAGAAAGAACCCUGACGUGGUUGUUGUCUUUGAUAACACGAUGAUGUCGCCAAUAUUGAUGACUCCUCUUGAUUUGGGAGUUGAUAUCCAGUACGAGUCUGCUACCAAGUAUCUUAACGGACACCAUGAUAUUAUGGCGGGGGUUAUUGCUACCCGGGAUGCGAAAUUGGCCGAAAAGGUGUAUUUUGUCAUAAACUCAACUGGGUGUGGAUUAUCGCCUUUUGAUUCGUGGUUAUUGAGCAGAGGGUUGAGAACUCUCGCUGUCAGAGUCGAGAGACAGCAGCAAAACUGCCAGAAGAUCGCCGAAUUCUUGUCCAGUAUUGGUUUCAGAGUCAGAUACCCGGGAUUGAAGAGCCAUCCCCAAUACGAGUUACAUGCUUCCAUGUGUAAAGGUGCGGGUGCAGUCAUAAGUUUCGAGACUGGUAGCAUCAAGACGUCGGAAAAGAUUGUGGAAAACACCGAUAUCUUUGGAAUUGCCGUUUCGUUCGGGUGUGUCAACUCGUUGAUAUCCAUGCCUUGUAAGAUGUCACAUGCCUCUAUCGAUGCCAAGACCAGAGAAGAAAGAGAUUUCCCUGAAGAUUUGAUCAGAUUGUGCAUUGGUAUUGAAAACUCCGAUGAUUUGAUUAAUGAUUUGACUAAGGCCUUAUUGAAGAGUGGAGCCGUCAAGAUCAACUCUAAGGACGAAUUAUUCAAUGCCGUGUCGGUGCAACCAAAGUUAUAA